UCCAUUUCUAUCCUUCCCGGCCAGGGUCUUCAAACCCAAAGCAGUGAUAAGAUAAGCCCCAGACUCAGCUCUGUCCUCUCUUCUUCUUCUUCUUUCCCAAACCUCUUAAAUUCCGCCAUGGAAGCUUCUCUUAUAAGCUUUACAUCCUUCACACCUCCUCCUUCUUCUCAAAUUCUAACCCUAAACCGACCCACAAACCCGUUGUCCUUCUCUCUUCCCCGCCAUUCCACCAAUCAAACCCGCCAUUAUCGUGGUCUCAAGGUUGCCGCCGCCAUUUCCCGCACUAAGAAAGAAGAAACCGUCGAAACAGUCAAACAACAGCUCGAAGACUGCUAUCUAUUGGCUGGAAUCAAGUACAAAGGCUUCACCGUCAAGGAAUUUCAAGAACUCCGUCGAUCUCUUCCCGAAACCUCAAAACUCAUUGUCGCUAAAAACACGCUCGUUCUUAAAGCGAUUGAAGGGACAUCUUGGGAAGCUCUAAAGCCCUGUAUGAAGGGCAUGAAUGUUUGGUUAUUUGUUCACUCUGAGGAAAUUCCGGCCGCGAUUAAGCCUUAUAGGGAUUUCCAGAAGGAGAAGAAGCUCGAGGAUAAUGAUUUCACUGGAGCGGUUUUCGAGGGGAAAUUUUAUGGGCCGGAUGAAUUCAAGGCGUUAGAGACAAUGCCGUCGAGAGCGGAGGUUUAUGCUAAAAUGUUGGGUCUGUUGCAGGCUCCUGCGUCAAGCUUGGUCGGAACGAUACAGGCUCCGGCGAGGGAAUUGUUGAUGGUUUUGAAAGCAUACGUGCAGAAAUUGGAGGAGCAAGGCGGCGGCGGCGGGCAGUAAUGUACAUAGAAGAAGAGCUUCCAUUGUUACCUGUAAGUUAAUAUGAAAACCCCCUUCUGAAUUAGCUGCCUACAGCAAGAUGUAUGAUUGAUUUCCUUUUUUUUGGCCUCCUUGGGUUAUCAAUAUAAAGUUGUUAUGAGGAGAAAUAGUAACUCUAUGAGAAAUGAGCAUUGUAGAAUCGGUGUAAAGUUGAAAUUCAUUGUAAGCUUUUGAUUUUUCACAAGCCUAAUGAUCAAUUUAUAAGCUUUCCAUUA